CGGCCGAGUCCCGAGCUCUCUAGCCUGCUUAUCUCAAAAUUUCAGUCUCCAUAUCAAACCGACAACGUCAAUCCACCUCGACAAGCCUCAUAACCUCGAUUUCAUCAACCACAUCAGCCCCCUUUAAGCCGUCAAAAUGGAUAUGCUUUCCGCAGCUGAGCAGCGCACUCUUGAGCAGCGCAUGCAGAAGCGCCAGGUCAAGGAGUUUAUGGGUGCAUUUGGUGGUCUUGUUGAGCACUGCUUCAUGUCCUGUGUCGAUGACUUCACCUCAAAGGCCAUCUCAACCCGAGAAAGUGGCUGCAUCAACCGAUGCGUUCAGAAGUGGAUGGCUUCUCAACAGCGCAUCAGCGACCGCUUCCAAGAGCACAACGCCCAGCUCACAGCUCAGAUGAACAAAUAAACGCGAAAUACUCGAGAGACGAGACAUGUACGAUUAGCAAGGAGGGCGACAAGGGGAAAUACACACAAAAUCUGUUCUGUUGAUAUCAGAUGUGCUCCGGAUUAUAUAUGAGAUCGAAAAGACGGAACGCUGUUUAUGACCAUGAUACGCCGUGUGGCUAGGUCUCAUGGCACCAGAUGCACUUGUAUAUUAUUACGGGCUACAGGCAUGAGGUGCUUGGGCUUAAGCUGUCACCAAGGAAUGAAUUUAUAACCCAUUCUUACUCAUUUCUGAUGUCCCUUCUCGCCCUUGCAACUCAACUUGACAAGGCAGCAAGCAUUUCUGAUCGCAAAUCUUAUUACAGACCGGCGAGCCGGUUCACAGGAUAGGUCGGUU